AUGCAUAAUUUGAUUUUGAAAACCGUAAAACAGUUUCAUACGAGGAAACUGUUAAUAACUAAUCAAAAAGAAUUAAAAUUUUCCUCUUCAUCUGUUGUAAAAAAUAUUACACAGAUUACAAUGGUAGCUGAAGAGAAAGAUUUAGAAUCUGAAACAGUGCAGUUUGAAGAGCAUACAUUAACUUGGUUACACAAAAGUUCUCCUUGCUUCCCAAUGAAUGGAUCUAAGAUCAAAAUAAUUCAUGAACCAAGUGUGUUUUAUUCUACUCUUAUAGAGAAGUGUAAGAAUGCAAAAAAAAGGAUAACAUUUGCAUCACUAUAUUUAGGCACAGGAAAAUUAGAAUCUAAUUUAGUAAAUGCUAUAGAUCAAGCUUUAAGUACAAGUAAUGGUAAUGUUGAAGUUAAUAUUUUAUUAGAUUUUAUGAGAGGUUCCAGAGGUAAACCAAAUUCCUGUAAAAUGUUAGAACCAUUACUUAAUGGCAAAUAUGGUCAUUGCUGUCAAAUUUUCUUGUAUCACACUCCUAAACUUCGUGGAUUCUUAAAAAUGAUUAUACCAGAUCGCUUUAAUGAAUUAGUAGGACUACAGCAUAUGAAAUUGUACAUGAUAGAUGAUGAUAUAAUAAUUAGUGGUGCUAAUCUUAGUAAUGACUAUUUUACAAAUCGACAAGACCGGUACUUUGUACUGGAGGACUGUAAAAAACUCUGUGAUUUUUAUAAUGAAUUAGUGCAAAGGGUGGGAGAAUUUAGUUUUGUGCUCCAACCAGAUGGAACUGCAACAUUAAAUUCUACCAUCAAUGUCCAUCCUCUUAAAAAUCCUACAGAAUUCAUUCAAGAAGCUGCAUAUAGUGUGAAAACUUUAUUCCAAAGAGAAUUGCAAGAAUGUUCUGAUCUUAAAAAAAUAGGAAAAAACUUAGAUGCAGAUACUUGGGUCUUCCCUUCGAUACAAAUGGGUCAAUUAAAUAUUUAUCAUGAUAGUCACAUAACAUUGAAACUUUUACAGACAGCUUCAACAGGUACAACACUUAAAUUAGCAACUGGUUAUUUUAACUUAACUUCAGAAUACAGUGAAGCACUACUCAGGCAUUGCCAAGGAACUUGCCAUCUUUUAACAGCACAUCCAACUGCCAAUGGUUUCUUUUCUGCAAAAGGCGUUGCUGGUAGUAUUCCAGCAGCUUAUACAAAAAUAGAAGAGUCAUUUUUUAAAUACUGUGAUAAUUUGGGACAGCAAAAUAGAGUUACUUUGUGGGAAUUUAUUAAACCCGGAUGGACGUAUCACGCGAAAGGACUCUGGUAUUCUUUACCAGAUCAAGAAAAGCCUUGUCUUACGCUUAUUGGAUCCCCCAAUUUCGGUUAUAGAUCAGUUAAAAAAGAUUUAGAGACACAAAUUGCUAUUGUGACCAAAAAUAAAAACUUACAAAAUGAAUUACAAAAAGAACAUGAACGCUUGUUUUCAUGUGCGAAGCGUGUAACGAAAAAUACAUUUUUUGAACAAGACAGAAUUCCGCCAACUUGGGUAUGUGCUGCCGUUGCUCUGUUUCGAUAUUACUUUUAGUGUUAUACCUGUGAAAUGUCUGCCACAUGUAAUCUAAGUCAUCUUUUAUACAUGGCUUCAGAUUUUAUACAUGGCAUCUUCUAACGAAACUCGUUGUAUAAAAUGAAAACUAUAAAAAGGAAUAAUGAAUCGGGUUAUCAAUUUACAGUUUCUUCAUUUAUCAUUUA